GUGUCGGCCGCUUCCGGUGGGUCCGGGCCGGGGGGGGGCCUUGUGGCGGAGCGGGAGGGGAAACCCCCCACCCCGGGGGCCAGGGGGGUGACGGCCUUUGGGGUUGUCCCCUCUAGGGUUGUCCCCAUGGAGGUGAUGGCCGUGGAGGACGCUGCUGCGCCCCUCGUCCCGCUCCCCACAGCCGGCGCUGGGGACAGCGCGAAGAGGAACGGGGACAGCGCGGUGCCACCGGAUUUGGGGUCCAUCAAGGAGGAGGAGAAACAGCAGCAGGAUGCUCCUCAGCAGGAGGAGGAGGAACCGGUGGAACUCCCAACCUCCAGCCAGCAGCUGUCCCCAAGGUCCCAUCCCGGGGGAUCCCCACCCCCAGGGGACAAGGGGAGGGACGAGGCACCCAACACCUGCCGGGAAUGCGGGAAGAGCUUCAGUUGCCGCUCGGCUUUGGUCAACCACCAUCGGAUCCACACGGGAGAAAGACACUUCAGCUGCCAGGACUGCGGACGCCGCUUCAACCGUCCCUCCCUCCUGGCCACCCACCGCCGCGUCCACACCGGAGAGAAACCCUACGAGUGUCCCGACUGCGGGAAGAGUUUCCACGACGGCUCUGCCCUCCGGCAACAUCGGAAAGCGCACACGGACGAACGCCCUUAUCGCUGCGAGGAAUGCGGGAAGGGCUUCAGGCAGAGAUCCACCUUGACCAUCCAUCACCGCGUGCAUUCCGGGGAGAAGCCCUACCAGUGCUCCCAGUGCCCCAAAAGCUUCAAGAGCAAACCGGAGCUGACGCAGCAUUUUCAAAGCCACAGCGGCGAGAAACCCUACCAGUGCUCCCAGUGCCCCAAAAGCUUCACGUACAGCUCGGGACUGGUGCAGCACUGGCGGACCCACACCGGCGAGCGACCCUACGAUUGUUCCCAGUGCGGCCGGUGUUUCCGCGACAAUUCCACGCUGGUUCGGCAUCAGCAGACGCACGUUCCACCGGCCGAAGGUGGGGACAACCCCACCGAAGACCAUCCCCAUCCUGGUGGCAUCUCAGAGCGACCUCCACGUGAUGGUGGUCGCACCAAGAGGAAAAUCACGGCCAAAAUAAAAGCAUUUGCAUCUUGGCAUCGUGUGAGUAUCUCUAUGGUGGGGACGAAGCGGGGGCUGUGUGCGUGGAAGAGCCUUUUUUUGGAGGGGGAAAACUCCAAAAUUUCCCCAAGUUUGAGGAGCCGGGAGCAUCUUCUGCCCCUGGUCGAAGUCCAAAUCGGAGGCGUCUCCUCCAAGGGGGAUCUUACGGUUGGCGGCUGCUCUCAACCUCCAAACCGAGACGAUGAGGCCGAUGGAACGAUAUUUGGGUCAAGUAAGCAAGCUUUGGGUCAACGGAACCUGGUUUUUAUGGAUGACACUGACUUCCCAGACAUUUGUUGGAAGAGGAAGACUUGGGUUGUCCCCAUGGAGGUGACGGCCGUGGAGGACGCUGCUGCGCCCCUCGUCCCGCUCCCCACAGCCGGCGCUGGGGACAGCGCGAAGAGGAACGGGGACAGCGCGGUGCCACCGGGUUUGGGAUCCAUCAAGGAGGAGGAGAAACAGCAGCAGGAUGCUCCUCAGCAGGAGGAGGAGGAACCGGUGGAACCCCCAACCUCCAGCCAGCAGCUGUCCCCAAGGUCCCAUCCCGGGGGAUCCCCACUCCCAGGGGACAAGGGGAGGGACGAGGCACCCAACACCUGCCGGGAAUGCGGGAAGAGCUUCAGUUGCCGCUCGGCUUUGGUCAACCACCAUCGGAUCCACACGGGCGAACGCCCCUUCAGCUGCCAGGACUGCGGACGCCGCUUCAACCGUCGCUUCAACCUCACCACCCACCGCCGCAUCCAUACCGGUGAGACACCAUUCCAGUGUCCGGAUUGCGGGAAGAGCUACCACGACAGCUCCACCCUCCGACAACAUCGGAAGACGCACACGGACGAACGCCCUUACCGCUGCGAGGAAUGCGGGAAGAGCUUCAGGCACAGAUCCACCUUGACCAUCCAUCACCGCGUGCAUUCGGGGGAGAAGCCCUACAAGUGCCCCGAGUGUCACAAGAGCUUCACCAACAGCUCGGGGGUGGUGAGGCAUUGGCGGACCCACACCGGCGAAAAGCCCUACAAGUGUUCCGAGUGUCACAAGAGCUUCACCAGCAACCUGGGGCUGGUGGGGCACAGGCGGGUCCACAGCACCGAGAGGCCCUACCAGUGUUCCCAGUGUCACAAGAGCUUCAAGAGCAACCCGGAGCUGGUGCGGCACUGGCGGACCCACACCAGCGCUUGGCAUAAAGCCGCCGGGCACCGGGCGGGCAGCGGAGAUAACGAAGGGCAGCGGCGGGGUGCAGGGGGUCGCCAUGUUGUACGUCGGGAGGAGGAGGGCGGGCACUUCCGGUUCCGGUGGAGCCGGGCUGUCGGGGCGGUGUGGCGGAGCGGGAGGUUUGAUGUCACCCUCCCCCAACCACGGAUGGAGCUGGGAAGAGACCCACCAGCCUCCCAAAACCGGGAGGAGAGGGGUGACCCCCCCACAAGCACGGGGGGAUUCCCACAUCCACCCCCCCUGAGAGAAGCCACAAUGGGGGAUUUGGGGGUGUCGCUUCCCCCCGGACGCCCCUACAGGUGCUGCGAGUGCGGGAAAGCUUUCGGCAGCAGCUCGGCGUUAUUGACCCACGGCCGCAUCCACACGGGGGAAAAACCCUAUAAAUGCCCCGACUGCGGGAAAAAUUUCACCCGGGGUUCGACGUUGGUGAAUCAUCGUAGGAUCCACACGGGGGAAAAACCCUAUUUUUGCCAAGAAUGCGGGAAAAGCUUUAGGAAUGGGUCAACUUACAUCCGGCAUCGGAAAACCCACAGGGGUGAAGAACCCGACGGUUACCCCGAUGGCGGGAAAAGUUUUAGCGAUAAUUCUUCUUUCGGGCGAGGUGUAGGUGGUACGCCCUACGUUUGUCGGGAUUGCGGGAUCGAUUUUAUCUGGAGUUCGGCUUUAAUUCGGCAUCGGCGGAUGCACACCGGCGAGAAACCCUAUAAAUGCCCCGAUUGCGGCAAGAGUUUCAGCGAUAAUUGGGUGUUAUCGCGGCACCGCCGCGUCCACACGGGCGAGAAAUUCUACCCUUGCGCCCAAUGCGAGAAGAGCUUCAACGACACCUUCUCGUUGACGCGCCACCGACGCGUCCACGACGGGGAAAGACCCUACCGGUGUCCCCAGUGCGGGAAGAGCUUCGUGGACAGCUCGACCCUCAUCGAUCACCAACGCAUCCACACGGGGGAACGACCUUACGCCUGCCCCGACUGCGGGAAGAGGUUUAAUCGAAGCUCCAAUUUGGUGACCCAUCGACGGAUCCAUACGGGCGAGCGACCCUAUAGCUGCCCCCAAUGCGGGAAGAGCUUCAGCCGCAGCUACAGCUUGGUGACCCACCAACGCAUCCAUACGGGCGAGCGACCCUAUAGCUGCCCCCAAUGCGGGAAGGGCUUUUACCAGAGCUCGCUUCUUGCCCGGCAUCACCGUACCCACGGCAAGGACCGCCAAAAAUGAAGGGGGAAGGUCAAAGUCACCCCAUUUUCCAAGCUCCGGGGCCACCAAUGAUGCUUUCUCCAGCUCCUCAGGGACCGGGAACCGGCGUCAGCUCAGGAAUUUGCCAGUAUUUUAACUUUAAAACUUUUUCUCAAGCACCUUCAGGUUUGGUUUUACCAAAAUAUUUUCAUUUCCCAGCCGAUACUUUCAUGUUAAUAUUUUUUUUCCAGCACCUCCAAGUUUGGUUUUACCAAAAUACUUUUAAUUUCUCAGCUGAUAUUUUCAUUUUAAUGCUUUUUUCCAAGCAUCUUUUAGGUUUGGUUUUACCAAAAUAUCAUAAUUUCUCAGCCAAUAUUUUUGUUUUAAUACUUCCCCCCGCCCCAGCAACUUUUAGGUUUGGUUUUACCAAAAUAAGGCCAAAAAAAAAAAGUCUUUAUUAUGGUGACACCCUCCUCAAGGGACAAAGGCAGGAUGGGACUCGGCAAUUUUUUGGGGGGGGAAAUCAGGUCCAUGGAGGAUUUUCGGAUCAUUUUAGGAGAUUUUCAAGCUGUGCUGAAGGAAAGGGGGUUACAAAGUGGGAUUGAGUCAUCUUGAGGUGAAAAAACCACCCAUAUUUCUCCUCCUGGAUGCUGAUUUAGGGAGAUUUAGACCCAAAAAUUGGGGUCUGUUUUUCCCAAUGAAGUGUCAACAUCCGACCGUGGGGGCUGGAAAACUUGGGGGGAGGGGGAGGAAUAACCUGAGGUUCGAUCCCACUUUGGGGUUAUUUUAUAUUAAUAGAACACUUAAUAAAAUUGUAUAAAGGGGAGACGGGUCGAUCCCUCUCGGCUUUUGGGGUGCAAAGUGAUGGAGAAACUUCUGGGUGCUGCCAGGUUGGGACCCCCCCCACUCCAAAAUACCCACCCUGGGGUGUAGCGACGCUCCUUCCCCCCGUGAGGGGGCUGAAUUUGGGGGGUUCCUAAAAGGAACAACCUUUUGGGGUUGUCCCCGUGGAGGUGAUGACCAUGGAAGAUGCUGCUGCACCCCUCGUCCCGCUCCCCACAGCCGGUGCUGGGGACACCAUGAAGAGGAACAGGGACAGCGCGGUGCCACCUGGAGCAGAAACCCUACAUUUGCCUGAUUCGCCCCCAAAACUUCACCUCCAGCACCCAACUCAUCCAGCGUCGGAGGAUCCGUCGCGAGGAGAAGCCGUAGGGUUGCGCCGAGCGCGGGAAGAGCUUUCGGCUCAGCUCCGGUCACGUCUGGCGUCACAAAAUCCACCGGCUGAAGAUGGGGACAACCCCAGCGAGGACCAUCCCCAUCCUGGUGGCAUCUCAGAGCGAUCUAUGCAUCAUGGUCGUCGCACCAAGAGGUAACCAACCCAUCCACCCGCGUUCCACCAGCUACUAUUUUUCUUUCCCUACAUGUUUUUAUAUUAAAAGGGUGGGGUUUUUUGGGGGGGUUUCAUAAAAAGCCGGCCCCAUCCUCUGUUUUUCUUGCCUUAGAUUCGAGAUGAGGGGGAGGGAGGGAGGGGAGACCCAUGAGCUGCACCCAAGAUAAAUGUCGGUCAAAUGGGUGUUUUCUCAAUGUCUCGGUUCAAUUUCUUGAUGUUUUCAACCCUAUUUAGGAUCUUUUAAGGCAAGGGCGUGGAUCGAAAGAAAAUUGGGGCCAAAAUAAAAGUAUUUGUCUGUUGGCAUCGUAUCCGUGUGGGUGGAAGAGCCUUUUUUGGAGGAGAAAACUGAAAAAAUUCCCCAAUUUUGGGUGGGCCGAGAGCAUUUUUUGCCCCUGGAGGUUGUGAGACACCCCCCACACACCCCACACACCCCCCCCCCAGGAAGCAGCUGUGGGGUGGGGGGCCUGGGGUGGAGGCCCUGGAGUUGGGGAUGGGGCUCUCCAUCCCUCUCCAUUUCCCUUGGACAAGGAUGGGGGUUCAGCCCAACCCAUGGAUGAGGUUUCUUUGACGCCGGUGGUUCUGUCGCGUCCUUCCAAACUGCGGCCACCACGAGACCCCGUGGCCUCCUCACCCUCUACCUCACCAUGGACGUGUCCCCCCACUCCCAUCCUUGCAGAACCGCUGGGAAAACUCAACCCUAGAGAUGGCCGACGCCCAGCCUGGAUGAAAAACGAGCUUUUUUGGGGUUCAACGAGGCCAAAGCAAGGAGCCGAGUGGAGGAAAAGUUUAUCGCAGUUGAGUUCUGGUUUAUUUUCGGGGAGCAAGAGCAGGAGGUAGAGUUGGGCCGUGCCCAUCUCCAUCCCGAAGAUGUUGCUGGAGCUUCUCCUGAAGCCCUUUGGCCAACUCAAGAGUUGAUUCAUCCAAAGACGAACCGUAGAUGGGCAGGACAGAGGUUGCACCACCAGAUACCAUCACGUGGAGAAAAAUAAACAGUAAACAUGGAAGAACUGGGCCUGGUGGGUCCCGAGAGGGUUGUGGGACCUUUUUCAUCCCAUUUCUUCCUUCCUGAAGAAGCUGAGUCCCCAGUGGUGUCUUCAAAAUUUUGCUCUGUGCCCAAAUCCAGCCACCAUUUGGCUGUGGAAGAAGCCCGUGGUCCAUCUGGUCUUGCUUGAUGCCACCAGAAGAAAUUAUUGGACCGAGCAGAUGUGACUUUUGAGGGUCUAAAGCCGAUGAGUUCACUCUUCCCAAUGAUCUUCUGCCGUUGGCUUGCUGUUGGAUGUUCUUACCUUCAUCCAGGUCCCUCUGGGGAAUCGGGAAGAUGUGGGGAGCACCAACCAGGUCUCUACCCAACGUGGGUCACCAAAACUCUACCCAACAUGGGUCCUCCGAUGGGUAAUAAAGUUGGAACAGCGGAUAAAGCUCUUCCCGCAGUCGGGACACUCAUAGGGCUUCCCUUCCCGGUGGGUCCUUUGGUGUUUAAUCAAGGCGGAACUGACGGUGAAGCUCCUCCCGCACUCGGGACACUCGUAGGGCUUCU